UCUCUUUCUUCACUAAAGCGACCACCUUCACUUAACAGAAAAAACCACCACUACUGCACUUUCCGGCGACAUGGCUGCCGCGGCCGCAGCAACCGUUGGUUCAUGCUUCUCUACUGCCACGGCUGCUACCUCAUGCAUCCGUUCGAAGUACGCGUCUUCCGAUUUUGCACUUAAAAUUUCCCUUACGCGUACAUUGCAAGUAGCCCCUAUAUCUCACUCUCUCACGACCGACUCGCUCUCUAUCGGCGCGAUCUCUCAGUCUCAGAAAUGGAGGAUAUCGAGGAUCUCUGCUUCCGUCGCACAAGAAGAGGCAGCAGCGGCAAUCCAAACGGCACCGGAGACUGUAGAGGAGGAAGGGGAUGAGAAGGGAGAGGAACAGGUAGAACAGGUUUCUACUGAAGGAGAGGCUACGGAUCCCGUGAAUACUAAGCUUUACUUUGGUAAUUUGCCUUAUAGCUGUGACAGUGCUCAACUUGCUGGAAUCAUUCAACAAUAUGGAAGUCCAGAGAUGGUUGAGGUGCUUUACAACAGGGAUACUGGAAAAAGUAGAGGAUUUGGGUUUGUCACAAUGAGCAACAUUGAGGAUGCUAACAGAGUCAUUGAAAAUCUUGAUGGAAGUGAAUACUGUGGGAGGACACUGCGGGUGAACUUCUCGGACAAACCAAGGCCUAGAGAAUCUUUGUAUCCUGAAAGUGAAUACAAGCUUUUUGUUGGGAACUUAUCAUGGUCAGUCACAUCUGAAAGUUUGACAAAAGUGUUCCAAGAAUAUGGAAAUGUGGUUGGAGCAAGGGUUCUAUAUGAUGGAGAGACAGGUAGAUCUCGUGGUUAUGGUUUUGUAUGCUACUCAUCAGAGCCAGAGAUGGAAGCUGCGCUUGAACAUCUUAAUGGAGUGGAGCUGGAAGGGCGAACAAUGCGUAUUAGCCUAGCACAGGGCAAGCGAUCUUGAAUGGAAAAGCAUGCUAUAGAUUUGGGAGCUCACAACCAAUAAAUUUAAUACUAACAUUGAUGAAAUGGAAUGUUACAUUGUUUAGCUUCUACAAAUUCAAUCAUUUUGGAAAUGAUCAAUCCCUUUUCAUUUCUUGCUUUCUAUAAUGCAUUUCCACAAUUACCUUCUAGCUUGUAAGUUAGAAGCUUUCCUUGUAGAAAAUUUAUUAGUAAUUUUCAGUAAUGAUCAAAGUGGUUUUACAUA